AGAAACGAAUCAUCUACUUUCUUCUUUCUCUAAUCAUGGCGCCUCUGCUGGUGCCGUUGGCCGCUGGGCGUACGCCGUCCUUAGUAGCUCACUGGAUGGGAUCGUCACUUCUCCUUCCUGUCGGUAGGCGGAUGGGACCCCCGAGAAGCCAGAAGAACAAAGCUCGCAUUCGGAGCUGCGCCAUCUGCACCGAGAAUUCCAGGAAGUGUUCGGAUACCAAGAAAUUCUCAGAUCUGCAUCAGAUAUCAUGGUCUUCCAUUUUAUCAGUGCUCAAUGUAGGAAGGAAACAAAUUUCUAGAGCGAUUGCAGUGAUUCUUAUGUUUAUGCAAAUUACAUUACCACUACCUAUGAGCUAUGGGGACCUAGAGUUUCUUUAUUAUGCAAAUGCGGUGCUUUAUUCGCCUGAUACUAAGGUCCCAAGAACUGGAGAACUUGCUUUGAGAAAGGCAAUUCCUGCAAAUCGAAACAUGAAAGCUAUACAGGACUCUUUGGAGGACAUCUCAUACUUGUUAAGAAUACCGCAAAGAAAGCCCUAUGGUACAAUGGAAAGUGACGUGAAGAAAGCUUUGAAGAUUGCAACUGAGGAAAAAGAUUUAAUAUUGACUAGUAUACCAGGAGAACUCAAGGAAAAGGGAUCAGCGCUAUAUUCUUCUUUAAUUGAUGGAAAGGGAGGACUGCAAACCCUAAUUGCGUCCAUUAAGGAAAACGACCCAGACAGGGUAUCUGUGGCUCUUGCUUCAUCUCUUGACACCCUAGCACAGUUGGAAUUGCUACAGGCUCCAGGCUUGUCUUUUCUGUUGCCUGAGCAAUACUUAAAAUAUCCAAGGCUAACAGGUAGAGGAACAGUUGAAAUAACCAUUGAGAAAGUGGAUGGCAAUACGUUCCCCCCUAUUGCUGGUAGUGAACCAAAAAGUACAGCUACUAUUCAGGUUAUCCUGGAUGGGUAUUCUGCCCCACUAACUUCUGGAAACUUUGCAAAAUUGGUGACUGAUGGAGCAUAUGAUGGAGCCAAGUUGAAAUGCGAUAGCCAAGCUAUCUUAUCGGAUAACGAACUUGUGAACUAUGGCUAUGCUGUUCCACUGGAAGUAAUGCCUUCUGGACAAUUUGAGCCAUUAUACAAGACUACUCUCAGUGUUCAGGACGGAGAGCUGCCUGUGCUUCCUCUCUCUGUGUAUGGAGCUGUUGCCAUGGCACAUAACAUGGACUCUGAGGAGUACUCUUCACCAUCUCAGUUCUUUUUCUAUCUCUAUGAUAAGAGAAAUUCUGGCUUAGGAGGUUUGUCUUUCGAUGAAGGCCAAUUUUCAGUUUUUGGAUAUACAGUCAGGGGCAAAGAAAUAUUGCCCCAAAUAAAAACAGGAGAUAUUAUCAAAUCAGCGAAGUUAGUUCAAGGUCAAGACCGCCUGAUUUUGCCAGAAGCAAGUUGAUCUGCCCGAGUGUGCUCUUCCAAAUCUUCACGCCUCAAUCGUAAGAAAACAAAGCUCUCUUUCUUGUCAAGCAACUAUCUCCGGAGGCUACAUCGAAAGAAGUUACUACAUCUGGAUUGUACAGAAGUUUCCAAACUGAGUAAUUUGUUUAUCCAAUUCUUCAAUUAUUCUUCAGCAUUGAAACUGAUGUGAUAAUUAUCAGUACUUAAUUUGCUUUCUUGCUUUCGAGUGUUUGUAAACUGAGUGAUAAAAUUUCUCUGUUUCAAUCCUUCGCGUUUAAUGAAUCUGUCGAAAUUCUUGUG